UUUCUAUCAAUAUUUAUCUUUUGUAAUUCACCUAUAAAUAUGUAGUUUCGAUCACAAAUGGUACAGUUAAUUAAACACUAACAAGUACAACAUGAAAUACUUCGCAGUCUUCGCUCUCCUUGCCGUGGCUUCGGCCGCUGUGCUGCCACCCGCUGUGGUGGUCAACAACCCCGAGGUACAGGAGAUCCUGGCCGCCAUCCAAAGCCCAAGCACCGACCCCGCCACCGCUGCCGCCCUCGAGCAGCUCCUCCUCGAAGUCCUCGGUAUCGCCAAGCCUGAGCCCAUCCAGGUUGGACCCGCUAUUGUUGACGAGUACGAGCCCAUCCACGUUGGACCCGCUAUUGUUGGCGAGCCCAUCCACGUCGGACCCGCUAUCAUCGAUGAAUACGAGCCCAUCCAUGUUGGACCCGCAAUUGUUGAUGAGCAAGAAGUUUCCCCCGUUAUCCCUGCUCCCUCUGCUCAAUCCCCACUCGUUCAAAUCAUCUUGAAGAUCAACGUGCCCACCAACGUGCCCGGCUCCCCCGUUGUCGUUGAGACCGUUCCCCCUGCGCCCACUCCAGUGCAAGUUGUUGAGGAGGCCGUAGUCGGUGAGCCCGUCAUCGUCGUCGACCAGCCCGUCGUCGCUGAACCCGUCAUCGUUGCCCCCAUCCUCCCCGCUCCCGUUGUUGUUCUCCCUGACAUCCUCAACUUAUGGAUAAUGUUACAUAUAAAUACACUGUCGAAUAGUAGUAAUGCAUUGAAUACCUCGGUGAACUACCAAGUGAACCUUGAAUCAACAAUGAAAUUCUUCAUCGUAUUCGCCCUCUUCGCCGCGGCUUCGGCCAGCGUCCUGCCACCGGCAGUCAUCGCCAGCACCAACCCCGAGGUGCAGGAGAUCCUCGCGGCCAUCCAGAGCCCGAGCACCGAUCCCGCCACCGCCGCUGCCCUUGAGCAGCUGCUCCUCGAAGUCCUUGGCCUUGCCAAGCCAGAGCCCAUCGAUGUUGGACCCGCUAUUGUUGACGAGUACGAACCCAUCCACGUUGGACCCGCUAUCGUUCCCUUCCCCAUUCCCGAUGGUGGUGCCGUUACUGUCCCUGAACUGCCACCCCUAGUCCACAUUUUGAUCAAGGUGAACAAAGCUGUUGCCGGCAACCCUGUUGUCAUCGAGACCAUCAAACCUCCCGCGCCAGUGCACCCAGGCCAGGUUAUCGAGAGACCUGACCCGUCUUUCAAUCCCGACGCAGUCAACGUCGCUAACCCCGUCAUUCCCGUGCCUGUUUAAUCCUACUCGACGCAAACAACUGGACGCUUCUAAAAAUGAUUUGAGUGUUAAAAUCUAAAGUUCUAAAUAAAUAAGUGUUAAUAUGCA